AAGCAUGGUUUCCUUCUGAAAGUCACCUUUGACCAUGAAUGCGCAACCUAAGUCAGGCUUUGUCCUGGCCGCCCGCUACGCUGUGCCUUUUGUUUUGCUGCUGAUCCCUAUCUGGUUGAGCAGGAUCAAUGCUCUCGUCCCCGAUCCGUAUCUAGACGAAGCGUUCCAUGUUCCCCAAGCGCAGGCUUACUGGGCGCACAAAUGGACCCAUUGGGAUCCGAAGAUUACGACCCCUCCCGGCCUGUAUCUCUGGUCUUAUGGGUUGUGUGCUGUCCUUUUGUUCCUGCGUGGUUCUCCUACGGAGCUUACGCCGGAAGUGCUGCGCGCGACAAACGUGGCAGCUACUGCGAUUGCGCUACCAUAUCGGUUGCAGACACUGCUGGAUAGACUGCGCAAAACCCGCAACACCCGUCCUUCUGGAGCUUGGCUUAGCCAUACUGUGCUGAACAUCUGUCUCUUUCCGCCGAUUUUCUUCUUCUCUGGGCUGUACUAUACCGAUAUCCUUGCCUUGCUUGUGGUUGUUGAAGCAUACAACUGGGACCUCAAGCGUUCCUCGGAUGGUGCAUCGGCUCUGCUCAAGUCCGUGGUUUUUGUCAUGCUAGGACUGGCUGCGCUGGCCUUUCGACAAACCAACAUUUUCUGGGUGGCCAUCUUCUUGGGUGGACUGCAGGUGGUUCGACAAUUGAGACUGAAAUCCAAGCAGUGUCGGUCGUCGGGUUUCGCGGAUAUUGCUCAACAAGGGUGGAGGAAUGAGCUCUACGACCCACUCGUCUCCGAGGCUUCUAUUGCAGACUACUUCAAAACCUCUCUUUCGCUGCUGACGGUUGCCGUGGGUAAUCUGGGCACCGUCAUCUGUUCGGCCUUUCCGUACCUCCUUAUACUUGCAGGAUUCGGAGCGUUUGUCUUGUGGAACGAUGGAGUUGUUCUAGGGCAUAAGGAGUUUCACACUGCCGGCAUCCAUCUGCCUCAGAUGCUUUAUAUCUGGCCCUAUAUUGUGUUCUUCUCCUGGCCACUACUGCUUGGACCAGUCAUCAACCUGGCUCUCCCUAAGUCCCUCCUUCCGAAAUUCAUCGACUUCGGCUUUCCUCAGAAACAGAAGGGCUUCCCGAAGUUGCUGACAGCUCUUGUUAUAAUCCCAAUCAUGCUGGCUGUGGUGCACUUCAACACCAUUGUGCAUCCCUUUACGCUAGCUGAUAACCGCCAUUACGUCUUCUACGCGUUCCGAAUCCUCCUCCGAACUCAUCCGGCGGUCAAGUACGCCGCUGUUGUCGUCUACUUCCUUUGCGCGUGGAUGGUGAUCUCUGCUCUCGGGUUCUCCACUGCUCCUCAGCCCCCACAGUUGAAGCAGAUCUCGCAGCCUGCAGCCUGGAAGAACCCCGAAGCACAAAAAGAGCCUACGGAGAAGAAGCCGGAACGCAAACAGAAGACGUCGAAGAAACCUGCCAAAGUGCCUAAGCCGGAGCCCAUCUCGGAAGAGGCAUUUCUCAAGAUUCAGGCCCACCUCAUUACGCGCCAGAAGCAACAGCAAGGUGCACCGCAGGUGAGCUUCGUGCUCGUCUGGCUCGCGGCCACGGCACUCUCCCUUGUCACUGCUCCUUUGGUUGAGCCACGGUAUUUUAUCAUCCCGUGGGUCAUGUGGCGUCUCCAUCUGCCACCCCAGCCGACACCGCUGGUGCAUCGGCGUCCUCAAAAUGGCAUUGAUGAACUCAAUGCGAAGAUGGCCACCAACUUUCCGUUGUUCUUGGAAACAUACUGGUUCUUGGUUAUCAAUGCAGUGACGGGGUACAUUUUCUUGUAUUGUGGCUUCGAAUGGCCACAGGAACCAGGGAAGGUCCAGCGGUUCAUGUGGUGAUUUUCCAGGCCGUUUGGUGGGUGUAUGAUAGAAGUGCCACAUGUAGAAAACUGUAUUAUUAGUG